CCCCGCCCACCCCUACACUGACUCCGCCCUCUGUGAGUGUGAGUGAGGGGCAGUCAGUGAGUGUGCAGUGCUCUGCUCCUGUCCUGUGUCUGUCUCUCCCUCCCACUCUGACAUGGAGCCCUGUCCUGGGGACAUUCAGGAGACUCUGCAGGAGCAAACGGACAAGACCUAUGUCAAAGUGUCCACUCUCACCUUCACUGCUUCUCACCUCCACCAUAAGAAAAACAUAACAUGCUCUGCAGACUACAGCAAAGAAGACAGCUCUCUGUCACAGACGACAGUGCAGAUGAUUCCUUUUGUCACAUUCCCUCCACAGAUUGUGAGCUCUUCAAACUGCACUAUAGACUCAGACCAGAUGAGGUGUGUGUGUGAGACUGAGGGGAACCCCAUUCCCCUGAUACAGUGGAGUUUUCCAGGACUCUCUCCAAACAUCUCCAUCAUCAGUGAGCCUCUGAGUGACAAAACUCUAAGAAGUGUCCUCACUGUUAUUAAACCUCAGUGGAGAGAUCCAGUCACUUUGGUUUGUCACAGCAGGAACUCUGUGGGAUCUGACAGACAAAGAUUUAAUGUUCCUCCAUUUAAACAUGAAAAUAUCAUUCAAGAACAAGAGGACGUGUUGAUUCUAGUCUUCAUUGCUAUCAGAGUUGUGAGCCUGCUGGUGUUCCCAUGUGCAUUCUUGUCUAUUAUGAGGAGUCUCCACACUCCUCAUGAUCAUCCCCAGCCGACAGACAUGGUGAUGAUGGAGCAACUACCAGUGUCAAAUCAGGUGCAGACACUUGGCUUGGAUGAGGAUUAUAUAAACUAGGAUGGAGCAAAAGUGGAUAUAAUAGGCCAAUAAAACCACUGUAUUGCAAACUAACUGAGAUGAGACAGAUCUUUAAAUUGUAUACUUUAUGUACUAUGUUGUCUAAGUCUCAGAUUAAUAUUUGUACUGACUUUUAAUGGCCUUUCUGGAUAUUUACUUAUAUUUAUAUAUUUGCUCUUUUUAUACAGUUUCUGCAAUUCUUAAUUCACUGUACCUUCAUUGCUACUUAUGUAAUCAGUAAUGGACUUAAUGUAGUUUGUGUGUUAACAUGUGUGCUUCAGUUUGUCAUAUUUACAGUUUUAUAUAAAUGCAUAUGUACAAGUAAUUACAUUGUAUAAAAGUACAGCUGCAUUUUAAACAAGGUCAGUGGAUGUAAUGUACCACUAGAUGGAGCCACAGAUAAAAAAAAAUAUAACAUUUGAAGUUAUAUAGAAAUGUUGUUGUUUCAGUUGACAAUCUGUUGCACUGCUGCUUGUUUUGAGGUAAAAUAUAAUCUACUGUAACUCAAUUUGAUAUGAGAAAGAUGUAAUAUACAAUAUAAACUGGAUUAUUAACUGUUCAACGUUGAAAACAUUUGUGGACAUUCUUUGGUAUUCAUUUCAAUGUAAAACCUUGUACAGUAAAAAAACAAAACAAGCAAU